AUGCUUCGCUGGUACCAACGCAGUCUCGCGGCCCGGCCGCUGCUGACGCAGAGUAUCACGACGGCCGUGCUCUUCGCCGUCGGCGAUAUCACAGCGCAACAAGCCAUUGAGAAGAAGGGCCUCGAGAAACACGAGUUUGUGCGCACGGGACGCAUGUUUGCCUACGGCGGUGCGGUCUUCGGCCCCGCAGCCACGACCUGGUUCAAGAUCCUCUCGAAGCGCGUGGUCCUGCCGAACAAGAACGCCGAGAUCCUGGCGCGCGUGGCCUGCGACCAGCUGAUCUUCGCGCCCGUCUUCAUCGGCGUGUUCCUGUCGAGCAUGGCCGUGCUCGAGGGGAAAUCGCCGAAGGAAAAGCUCGAGAAGUCCUACGUCGACACCCUUCAGACCAAUUGGAUGGUCUGGCCCUUUGUCCAGCUGGCUAACUUCAAGUUCGUCCCGCUGCAGCACCGCGUGCUCGCCGUCAACGUCAUUUCUAUCGGCUGGAACUCGUACCUCAGCUUGGCUAAUGCCAAGUGA